GAACAAUGCAUAAAACCGUAGUUCCCAGGAAGUCUGGAGUGCAUAGAUUUGCCUGUUUAGCACUUUAUCGGGCACUUCUCCGACAAUGCGCAAAAUUACCGAACACCGCGCCGGAGCUUAGCAGCUGCAAGCCACUCAUACAACAAAAAUUUCAGAGAUACAAGAAACUCCAAAGCCCGUCACAAGCAGUCAAUGCCUUGAAAGCUGGGUAUGAGGCUCUCGACCUGCUUCAUUCAGCCUCGCAAGGAAAUCAACGCAAUACAAACCGCAUUGUAGAGCUCAUGUCAGAGAUUCAGUCGAUAAAGCAGAGAGAAUCGGCGCUGCAGAGAGAGCUCUCUAAGAAGGAACCGAAGCCAUUAUCUCGGAAGCAACAAAAGACAAACGAGUCUCGGCGUUUACAAGACCAAACCGCCCGACGACAUCCGGAUGCCACUUCUAUUCUUUCUCGUCCUCGACCCGUCGUGAGCGGCAAGCGUCGGGUUCCCGUUCUUGUGAACGCUCGGGGAGUGCCCUUCCUGCGUAUCAAAAAACCCCAACCCAAGAAUUUAAGCGGCGUGAUACGGCUGGACCGUGAAUUACUGUUUGCCAAUGACGAGGAUAACUGGGACGCUUUGACGACUGGGUCUGAGCCCGACACAUGGGCUGAAGGGGUCAAAGACGCAUUGGGGACGCUUAACCAGCAAAUCCAUGACUCUGACAAGAAAAACAUAGAACUUGCAGAGGCCAUGUGGAAUAUUGUUCUUGCCGAGCGCAAGUUGGCAGCCGAGGAAGAAAAACAGAAGUCGACUGAAAAGCCAAGUGACACUUGA